UAUAAGAUUAAAUUACAGAUAUCACGCCUAUAAUGGUAUCAGUCAUUACUUUUUGUGAAUAACGUUAUUUACCAUUGCUUUUAAUUUUAAUUUGGUAACGUUAACAAGCCCUGAUUGGAAGGUCGAUUCUUGGCUAAAGUUGAAUGUUUGACGUUCUUACGUCACUUUUUAUGACACUUCUUCACAACUUCUUCAUAUACCGAUUUCUGUUAUAAUUUAAUUUCUUUCCGAGAAAAUUUAAUUAAAAUUUACUAUGGGGGACAUUGUUGAACUAACGACCCUUCCUCGAGAACAAAAGGUGUUCUACAAAGUUCCAACAGGCGGCCUUAAGUUUGCAGUUAAAGGGGCAAAUAAUGCUGCCAUUGGGAUACAUUCUAAAAAAGAAUCUAAGAGUGUAAAUUUCUGGGUGGUGCUAGGGCGAAGGCAAUGCACCUGGCUCAGAUCUACUUCUGGAUCUUGUAAGGCACAUACACCGAACAUCUUAAGCCCAGCUGAAUACAGAAGUUUUUGGAUAUCAUGGAGUAAUUUAGCUGUCAGUAUUGGUAGGGAAGGGGAAAAAGAGCCUAUCCUUACAAUUCCAGAAAAACACAGUAGAGAUCUUUGUUAUGUAACAUUUUUCGUAAACUCUAGGGGAUUCAGCCCCGUGCAUUGGAAAUUUGAAUUGGCUCCUGAAAUUCCAAGGCCUAUAGAGAAACGCAUAGAUGGUGGAACAGUUAGGUGGGUACGUUCAGAAAACCAGGUACCAUGGAAUGCAAUCAUUGGUGGCUAUGAGCAUGAAACUCUCUACAUAAUACGGGCCCUACAUAGAGGCUCCCUUGCAGUAGGAAAAUUUGUACCAUCAAAACGUGUGGGCUACAUUCCUUGGGGUUCUGAAUCACACGAAAAAAGAGGUGCUGAACUUGAAUUUUUGGUUGGUUAUGACUGCCAUUGGGUACCGACAAGUGGAAGUGAAAUUCCCGUGGGAGCUGUUGUUGGAGGAUACACAGAGCACCAACCUGGUGAAAAUAUUUACGUCGCCCGCGCUUAUUGCAGAACUCACCUCAUACCUGGAAAGGUUCAUAGGAUGUAUGGACAGUGCUACACGCCUUAUGAAAACAAAGAAUUUGGACAUUCAAACUAUGAGGUCCUAGUAUCACCAGAAAUCAAUCAGCGAAGUAUGAAAAUAGUAUUCACUGAUCACAUAUCAAUUGAUACACCCACUGGGUCUGACGUGGGAGAAUCUGAUGAGGAUGGAAUUGUCGAAGAAUAUGAUGAUUAUUAUAACUUGUGACCAGAAUUUCCAUUGUAGCAUUAUUAAAAUUAAUGUUUUAGAAAACUAGUCAAUCCUGGAAAAUAACUACAGUGCGCUUGUAUCAAAACAAAUUAAAUAAAUUAAUAAAUUCUGUUAAUUACUUAUAAAUUUUAAUAAAUAAAAUACUUAUCACUAAA